AUGCUGAUCAUUUUGUUGUUGGUUACUCUGCUAGCCGUGGCUACUGCCUAUCAAUGGAGCAAGUGUCGAAGGCUUCCAAAAGGUACAAUACAAAGUUGUGAUGAAAUGUGCAAAAAAUUGACACCAAUUUUAGGUCCUACACCGCUCCCGCUGAUUGGUAACUUUCACCAACUUGUCUAUCACGGCAUAAAACUUGGGGGCGUCGUGGCAGUGUAUCACCACUUUGAGAAGAUCUACGGGCACGUGUUCACGCUCUGGAUGGGUCCACUUCCGACCGUUUACAUUUCGGAUUACAACGUGGCACACGAGAGUCAUAUCAAGAGAGCAAAUUUGUUCAGCAAACGAUUCGCCACUGGAACCACACAAUACAUCAGAGAAGGACGAGGAAUCAUUGUCUCAAACGGUGACUUUUGGCAAGAUCACCGACGGUUCGCACUGCAAACGUUGCGAGAGUUUGGACUUGGAAGAAACUUGAUGGAGGAGAAAAUUAUGGAAGAGUACAAGUAUCGAAUCGGCGACUACAAAAAGACGCACUUCAAGAACGGAGCGAUCGAAAUACACGCCGGCACGUUCUUCGAUCUUCUCGUCGGCUCGAUCAUCAAUCAGUUGCUCAUGUCGGAGAGGUUCGAGCAGAAUGAUCCGGAAUUUGAAAAGAUCAAGACGAGUCUGGCACUGUCUCUCGAAAACUUUGGAAUUGUCGACAUCUUUUUCCCGACUGCCAUCCUCGACUCGCCGUUGAUGUCAUGGAGACAAAAGAAAAUUUUCGAGCCGUUUGACUUUAUCUAUAAUGUCACGAAGAGAAAUAUUGCUCGAAGGUGAGUUUCGUUCCGCUUCUCCCACUUUUGAUUCGCUUUUCAGAGUGGCAUCUAUUGAAAGUGGUGAGCAUACGAUUGAAGACAACGGAAACGACUUUAUCGAUGCGUACCUUGUGAAAAUUGAGAAGGAUAAGAGAGAAGGAGUGGCGUCGUCCACGUUCAAGUGAGUAUUCAUUGUCAGUGAGAACAACUAUAACUUACUUUACUUCUAUUCUAGUCUGGAAACCCUCGCAAUUGAUGUGUUUGAUUUGUGGCAAGCCGGUCAAGAAACCACGUCGACUACGUUGGCAUGGGCGUUCGCGUGUCUUCUCAAUCAUCAGCGUGUUGUCAAGACUUUGAGAGCUGAGCUUUUGAAGUUGACUGGUGGAAACAGACACAUUGGAUUGAGUGACAAAACCGACACGCCCUAUCUAAAUGCUACAGUUAAUGUGAGUUCAAUAUCGCUGAUUUUUGCAAUCGAUGUUUCUACAGGAAAUCCAACGAAUCGCCUCGAUUCUCAACAUCAAUCUAUUCCGGCAUAUAGAAGUCGACACUGAAAUUGACGGUCAACCGCUGGCCGCUGGAACUGCUCUUACCACUCAAGUAUCCAUGAUGCAUACCGACGAAGAAGUGUUCAAAAACAGUACGGAAUUCCGACCGGAAAGAUUCUUGGAGAACACGACACUUGAGAAGAAGCUGAUUCCGUUUGGAAUCGGAAAACGAUCCUGUCUGGGAGAGUCUUUGGCGAGAGCCGAGUUGUAUUUGGUGUGUACAGAGAUUCUGGAGACGUUGUGUGUGUUGACAUUUAGUAUAAUUUCAGUUGGUCGCAAACUUGAUACUCGAUUUUGAUAUUGAACCAGUCGGACCGAUUCCUUUAAUUCAAACCAUCACACCGUUCGGCCUGCUGCGAAGACCUCCAAGAUACAACAUCAGAUUUGUACCAGUGAAGUUUUAG